UAAAAAAGUCUAAAACCCUAACAUCACCCCUUUUUCAAACUGCGUGAGACCGAAGAAGAAGAAGAAGACGAAGAAUAGAUACUCAAGCAUCUACACACCACCGCAACUACUAAGAAUGUCGACUACCCGUAGAUUCCGCGGCGGCGAGAAUCGAUUUUACAACCCACCUCCGAUGAGGAAACGGCAACAGGAGCGGGAGAAGAAGAGACUUGAAGAAGAGGAGGAAGAGAAGAGGAAGGCCAAGGAGAUGCUCGAUCGAACACAGAUUACGCCGUCUUCUUCGUCGGAGAAGGAGAUGAAUCGAACCUUAUCCGUUGCUGGAUCGCCUGAUGAGUGCUCGACCUCCGAUUGCUCCGUUCCGGGUCGGGUCUCCACCACCACCACCACCACCGAAAGUUCGUCAAAUUUGGGUCGGUUUCUGGAGUGCACCACCCCCGUUGUUCAUACCCAAUACUUGCCUAUGACAAGCAUCAAGGGGUGGAGAACCCGCGAGCCAGAGCAUUGUCCCUAUUUCUUGCUGAAUGAUUUGUGGGAUUCAUUCGAGGAGUGGAGCGCCUAUGGUGUCGGUGUUCCUCUUCUCUUAAACGGGAUCGAUUCGGUUGUUCAGUAUUAUGUUCCUUAUCUCUCUGGCAUUCAGCUUUAUGAAGACCCAUCUAGAGCCUGCACAAGUAGGAGGAGAGCUGGCGAGGAAAGUGAUGGUGAUUCGCCUAGAGGCAUGAGUAGCGAUGGCAGCAAUGACUGUAGAGACAUAUCUCAGAACUUAUACAGAGUCUCUUUGGAAGAGAAGCCAUUCGUUGGUUCUUCGAGUGAUGAGAGUGAAGUCGGCAGUAACUCUCCUGGUGACCUCGUCUUUGAGUAUCUUGAGGCUGCUAUGCCAUUUGGCCGGGAACCAUUGACCGACAAGAUCUCAAACCUAUCAUCACAAUUUCCAGCACUCAGAACAUACAGGAGCUGUGAUCUAUCGCCUUCGAGUUGGGUCUCUGUUGCUUGGUACCCGAUAUACCGUAUACCAUUAGGUCAAUCAUUACAAAACCUCGACGCUUGCUUCUUAACAUUCCACUCCUUAUCAACACCCUCUCGAGGUACAAGCAAUGAGGACAGUCAAAGCUCAAGCAAAUCGGCUGCACCAUCGAAGCUUCCAUUGCCCUCUUUUGGUCUGGCUUCUUACAAGUUUAAGAUGUCGGUGUGGAGUCCAGAGAGUGAUGUGGAGGAGAACCAGAGAGUGGGGACUUUGCUACGAGCAGCUGAAGAGUGGCUGAGGCGGUUGAAGGUCAUGUUACCGGACUUUAGACAUUUCGUAACGCAUAAUGGUUCGGCGUGGAGAUGAAAAUUUAUAGUCAUUUCCAAGAUCUGAACUAAUAAAUAAGGAGUGAUAUAUAGCAAAAGUGAAACGUUUUUAAGCUACUUUUGUUUGUUUUUGAAAAGAAAGGAGAAUAUGUAUAGACGGUGAUGAUAGUACACAUUUGUUAUGUUACUAUGGAGGCUUUGUUAUGUAAUUGUUACAGAUUUGGAAGAGUAAAAGAGAGAGCUUCU